UUCCCGCAGAGCCGCAAAAACAGCGGAGAGAUGGAGAAGAAGGAGCUGUAGAAGAAUCAGCGAUCACACACAGUCAUGAACUGGUGGUGGAGUAAGUCAAAAACAGAAGGACAUCUCCCUCAGGAGGAUUCCAGAAUACAACACACCACUGAUAAUAAAGUUACACAACAAGAAUUAGAAUGGAAGUAUCUGAAAGAAUGGAAAAAGCAGCAAAGAACAAGAGAAGAACAGCUAAGGAAACUAGAAGAGCAGUUAGUGGAACAGAGAACGCAGUUGAAGAUUGAGGAAGAUCAGCUGAAGGGGAGGGAAACCAUGCUCUGGAGACAGGAAGAGCAGAUAAAUCAACAGAGAACGCAGUUGAAGAAUGAGGAAGAUCAGCUGAAGGGAAGGGAAACCAUGCUCUGGAGACAGGAAGAGCAGAUAAAUCAACAGAGAACACAGUUGAAGAAUGAGGAAGAUCAGCUGAAGGGAAGGCAAACCAUGCUCUGGAGACAGGAAGAGCAGAUAAAUCAACAGAGAACACAGUUGAAGAAUGAGGAAGAUCAGCUGAAGAGAAGGCAAACCAUGCUCUGGAAACAGGAAGAGCAGAUAAAUCAACAGAGAACACAGCUGAAGAAUGAGCAAGAUCAGCUGAAGGGAAGGCAAACCAUGCUCUGGAGACAGGAAGAGCAGAUAAAUCAACAGAAAACGCAGUUGAAGAAUGAGGAAGAUCAGCUGAAGGGAAGGGAAACCAUGCUCUGGAGACAGGAAGAGCAGAUAAAUCAACAGAGAACACAGUUGAAGAUUGAGGAAGAUCAGCUGAAGGGAAGGGAAACCAUGCUCUGGAGACAGGAAGAGCAGAUAAAUCAACAGAGAACACAGUUGAAGAAUGAGGAAGAUCAGCUGAAGGGAAGGGAAACCAUGCUCUGGAGACAGGAAGAGCAGAUAAAUCAACAGAGAACACAGUUGAAGAUUGAGGAAGAUCAGCUGAAGGGAAGGGAAACCAUGCUCUGGAGACAGGAAGAGCAGAUAAAUCAACAGAGAACACAGUUGAAGAUUGAGGAAGAUCAGCUGAAGGGAAGGGAAACCAUGCUCUGGAGACAGGAAGAGCAGAUAAAUCAACAGAGAACACAGUUGAAGAAUGAGGAAGAUCAGCUGAAGGGAAGGGAAAACCAGCUAAGGACAAAUGAAGUGCUUUUCAAUGAAUGGAAAAUACAGUUUCAGAAAGAUAAAGAUCAACUAAAGGAAAGACUACACCAGCUAAGGAGAGACGAAGAGAUGAUAAAGGAAUGGGAAAUGCAGUUUAGGAAAGAUAAAGAUCAACGAAUUGAAAUAGAAAAUCAGAUAAGGAGAGAUAAAGAACAGAUAAAUGAAAGGAACACACAGAUUGAGAAAAAAGAAGAUCAACUAAAGGAAAGAGAAAAUCAGAUAAGGAGAGAUGUAGAACAGAUAAAUGAAAGGAACAUACAGACUGAGAAAAAAGAAGAUCAACUAAAGGAAAGAGAAAAUCAGAUAAGGAAAGAUGAAGAACAGAUAAAUGAAAGGAAAUCACAGAUUGAGAAAAAAGAAGAUCAACUAAAGGAAACAGAAAAUCAGAUAAGGAGAGAUGAAGAACAGAUAAAUGAAAGGAAAUCACAGAUUGAGAAAAAAGAAAAUCAACUAAAGGAAACAGAAAAUCAGGUACGGAGAGAUGAAGAACAGAUAAACAAAUGGAAAAUGAACUUAAAGGAAGAACAAGAUAAAUUAAAGAAACAGGAAGACCAGCUAAGGACAGAGCAAGAGCAGAUAGAAGAAAGUAAAAUACAUUUAAAGGAAGAACAGGAUCAGCUGAAGGGAGAGAAAGAGCAGCUCAAAGUAGAGAAUGAGGAGCAGACAAGAAGAAUGGAGGAGCUAAAUGAACAGGAAAAGAGGCUGAAAGAAUUUAGUACAAAUCUCUGCAGGCAGCAGACUGAUUUAGUAAAAAGAUCACAGGAUCUAAAGAAAAGAGAGGAGAGGAGAGAGAUACAGUUAGAAACGAUAGAGAGACUGGAAGAUGAGAUGAACGCACAAAGCACAAUGAUUGAACACUUAACAAAGAUGAAACAAGAAAAGGAAGAGGAGAUGAAAAAGGAUGAAGAAAGUAAGAAAGAGCAGGCUUUACAGAUAGAGAGAAAUGAUGAGAAACUGAAAACACAGGAAGAGAAGCUACAGAAGCUUAAAACUGACAUACAGAAUAUGAAGAAAAAGAAGCUGAGAGAAAAACAGUGGAUAGAGGAGGAGAACAAAACUUUAAAAAGACAAUGGACAGAAAUAGAGAAUGAGAAAGAGAAGAUUCAGAAACAAGAGAGAGUCAACAAAGAGGAGAUACACAGACAGGAGAUAGAAAAACUGAAAAAUGCAGAGGAAAUAAAAGCUCAGACAGCUCUGGUACAGAAGCUGAAGCAGGAGAUGAACAAGUGUGAAGACACCUUACAAAGACAGAAGAAUAUAAAACAGAUAAAUGAGAGAGAAAUAGAGCAACAAACCACUCAGCUUCAGGAAAAGAAGAUAAAGAUUAAUACACAGAAGGAGGAGACAGAAAGACAGGAGAGAGAAAUCCAAACAAAUGGCAGAAUUAUAAAACAAGCAAGGAGGAAAAAACAGACACUGGAAAAACUGAUACAGACUGAAGAGAAACAACAACAGUUAAAAACUGAAAAGUUUCAGAAACAGGUCACUGAGCUGGAAAAACAAAAGAAACUACUUGAACAAAGUGUGACUUUAAUGAGAUACAAAGAGAAGAGAAAGAGAGAAGAGCUUAGAGAAAAGCAGAGGGAAGAGCAGAGAGGCAUCAGAGAGAAAGAUGUCCAGAUUCUGCAGGACAUUUAUGACCAGCUGGACAGCAGAUGUUCCUCAUCAAGCUACAUGCAAAACUGUGACACAGAGGGAGUCUUAAGAGAUAAACUGAGAAACAUUGUUGAGAAGAUGAAGAUGGAGGAACAGACUGAUGACCUAGAUGAUGCUUCACAGGAUGCUGCAAGCACAGAUGAUAAGAAGGUCUUUGAAGAAAAUCUGGCACAAAGGACCUUUUGUGAAGAAAUGGAACAGCAUUCACACUCACGGGACAUCAGAAAGUCAGCUCUGAAAAGUCUUACAGACACCCUGCAGAGUCUCAGUCUAGACAGUUUCUAUCCUAAUAAACUGACCAUUGAAGCUGUAUUCUCUAUGGGCAGCUCAAAUGAGAGACAGGCAGAUAGUAAUGUGGCUUUUAGUUACCUGCAGAAACUGAUGCUGAAUGCUAGAGUGAGAUUCAUGACAGAGGAAGAUGAGAACCAGAGCUGCACCCUGUCCACUAAAACAGGUGGAAACUGGGACAGAAAAGAUGACAAUGGUAUUAAUUGUGUGAACAAUGAUGCGGGUAAUGAUAAAGUCAGAUGUGAUACUGUUGCCAGGGGUAUCCUAACAGUCAGUGAAAUGAAGGAACCAUCAGACGAACAUGAUAAUUUGGAUAAAUUUCUCAGUAGGAAGAAUAUUUCUAAUAAUGCUAAAGAAAAGGGAAAGAUUCACCCAAUGGAUGUCCAGAUGGCAGUUUUUCACUGUGCUGACAGUUUCCUCAGGCAGUACAUGGUGACUAAACUCUCCUCCUGCCAGUUCGCUCUGCCACUGCUGGUCCCCAGUCCUACAUCUGCAGACAUUGAACUCCCUCUCUGGACGUUUCGGCAGAUCAAGAAGACCUGGAGAUCAAGGAUGGCACUAGCAAUCUUAUGCCAGAGCCCAGUGUUUUUCUGCAGGCUGGGCUCUGUUUCCACUUCCAAAUCCCAGUUGCUGAGUUUAGUGAUUAACCCAAAGCAUGACACCUUCUUCCACAGAGACAGUCCAGGCAGCAGCAGGAACCACCUGUUCAUGGAGGGUCUGCUAGAGAUUGCUUGGUACUGUCCUUCAGGAAACAAUGAUGACCUUUUCAAUGAAUGCAUUGCAUUCUGCAAUCUUCAUGGUGAUGCUCUAGAUCACAGGAGACAAACUGACUUCUUCUCUGAACAGGCCACAGUCAAUGUUGUUUUGAUGCAAAAUAUUAAGCCUAAUGACAGAGACAGGGAGUUGUUAGAAAAGCUCCAUAAGUCUUCAAAGCCUCUUAUAUGUCUUAACUGUGAUCUGCAGAAAGGUUCCCUUAAGGUUACUAAUGGGCUUAAUGUCAAAAUUGGACUGAGAGGUAGAAAACAAGACGAGUUACAUAAAGAACUGAUUACUGCAAUUGCAAUUUGUUUGAAGAAGUGUAAUUUCAGUCCGAAAUUCAGUCUUGAGGAAAGCUCAAAGCAGGCCAAACAGUGUGGGUUCAGAGUUGAUGAAGACAGUAUGUAUUGCCAGGAGGGGAAGACCAGAGCUCAGGAAGUUAUGAAGCUUCUGGAGGGUGAAGACAUCUCCCAAAUCAAGGUGAAGUUAAUGCCAUGUCAUGGGAAACUGUGGCAUGAGUGGGCCAGGAAGAACAAAGGGCUUCAUCGCUUGCAUGGAGAAAUAGAACAUACCAGAAAUGUUACACUGACAGAAAUGAACGAAAUAAGGAUGAAACAAUGUGGCAACAACCUCAAAUUCAUAAAAACUUUUGUAAAAAAUCUUACGUCACACAGUACAACUCAGACACAGUACUUUGUCUGGUGGAUCAGAUAUUUUUUUGAUGACAAGUUUUCAAACAAAUUUUCUCAACUUCAUCUAAAAUACCACAGCAAAUGGCUUGAAGUGCAGAAGUUGAAAAACAUACCUGAAAAGUCUGAACUAUUUACGUUGCAAGAACAACUAGACAAAAUCUCAGAGGAGCUGGCCAAAGUGACAUUUGGUCUAGAGCACAUUUACAGAGAAAUGGGUCAGAUUUAUGAGGCUUGGGCCACAGUGCCUGAAGAAAUGGGGGCAGAUGUUUCUGCUUUCCCUGCUGUGGCUGCUGACCUCCUGAUUACUGGACAUCCACUGGAGCUGAUGGAUGGAGAUGCUGCUCAUGUCCCUUUGACCUGGAUAGAGUCUGUUCUGGUUAAGGUCACCGAGAGACUGGGAGACCAGAGAGUGUUCGUGCUGUCUGUUCUGGGUCUGCAGAGCUCAGGAAAGUCCACCAUGCUGAACGCCAUGUUUGGGCUGCAGUUUGCUGUGAGUGCUGGCAGGUGCACAAGAGGAGCUUUCAUGCAGCUGAUCAGAGUGAAAGAAGAGGUUAAAGACCAGCUGAAGUUUGACUACCUGCUUGUAAUUGACUCAGAAGGACUGCAGUCUCUACAGCUGUUGAGCAAACAGUCAGCACUUAUUCGUAACAAUGAACUGGCCACUUUCGUCACUGGUCUUGCAAAUCUGACCCUGAUCAACAUCUUUGGGGAAAAUCCAGCAGAAAUGAAGGACAUCAUUCAAAUCAUACUUCAGGCAUUUUUCAGAAUGAAGAAAGUAAAACUCACUCCCAGCUGCAUGUUUGUUCACCAGAACAUUACAGAUAACAGUGCUGGAGAGAAGAACAUGGAGGGAAAUAGAAAACUGCAGGAGAUGUUGGAUCAAAUUACUCAAGAAAUGUGCAACACACAGGAUUCUGCAAAUCUAAUCAAAUUCAUACCAAAUGUACAUUACUUUGCCCAGCUGUGGGAGGGAAACUCCCCAUUGGCUCCCCCAAACCCACAUUACAGUGAAAAUGUAGAGAGUCUUAAACAGGCCAUUCUCAAAGCUGCAGCAGAAAAGAAAUGUCUAAAACUCUCAGAGCUCAAAGUCCAUAUUAAAGACCUGUGGACAGCAGUGCUGAAUGAAGACUUUGCAUUCAGUUUCAAAACAAUUGAAACAAAUUCUGAUGAAUACUGUGAAGUCCAGGAUGAUGACAGCCAUCAAGAAGACCAUACAUAAGACUAACUGAAUAAAGGAGAUUUAAAUGA